GUGGAACGGGUGGUCACAUCUCCCUGCACAAGCCACAAGCCACAACCCCCACCGUGAGAUCUUGGGGGAGCACCAAGGAAGAGGAGGAAGUCCUUCGAAGUGGAGCAUCGAAGAAGAGGAGAAGAUACUUGCGUGUUCUUUGUGGUGUCGACAUGGGGUUCCCGGCGGGCUACUUGGAGCUGCUUCUGCUGCCAAGAAUCCUCCUCCACAUAGCCCUAAUCCUUGGCUCCGUGCGGCGGCUCGUUUUCUGGGUCUUCCACGCGGUCGGCCUCGGUGACCUCGUCGACUCCGACGCCCCCUGGCCCGAGAACAGCGGCCACAGCCGGCUCGACCAUCACCACGACUACCACCAGCAACCGUCGCAAUUCCGGUCGGUGUCGGCGAUGCUGAUCCAGGAGGCGCUCCCGGUGGUGCGGUACGAGGAGCUGGUGGCGGCGGGACAGCACGUCGGCGGCAGUUGCGCGGUCUGCCUGUGCGAGUUCGAGGACGCGGAGGAGGUCCGGCGGCUGACCAAUUGCAGGCACGUCUUCCACCGCGGCUGCCUUGACCGGUGGCUGGAGUACGACCAGCGGACUUGCCCGCUGUGCCGCACGCAGCUCGUUGGGGAGGAGACGCAGGACGCCCUCGACGAUCAAAUGUGGGCCGCCGCUGGUGUCCCGGAUUCGUACUACGACGACUACUACUCGUUUCCCUUUGUUUCACCGUCGCCGUCGAGCCCAUCAUCUCUGCUUCUUCCCCACCAGCUGUUUUCUUCCUACUAACUAAACCUGCAAAUACAAGAAGGCAGAAGAAACACAAGUUCGGAUCGGACAAUUGUAUAUAUAUGAAUGACACUGAACGAGAGAAACAGGGUGAUCAAGAAAGAAGAAGAAGAGAGAAGGUGAGGAACACUGUUUCUUCCUCUGUAGCGCGAUAGGGGAUUGAAAUUUGUUUUGCAGUGUUUAGAACAUUCUUUCUUUUCUUUCAAUUUCUGUUCUUCUCCUUUCCUUGGGUUGUAAAGCUGGUGCGGCAACAUUAAGAUUGAAAAGGAUUUCUUCAAAUUACGUUGAUAAGAAUAUCCAUUGAAUUCAUUCAGAAGGAAGACGAGAAGGGCAGAAGGAAAAAGAGGAGACUAUCCAUUGAAUUCCUAUCUUUUCUUGAUAUAAAGGAAUAAAGAAGAGGAGGAAGAGUUUGGAAGAAGAGGGGAAAUAGGAGGAAGCGCACCCGAAAGAGGAAUGCGGCGACCAACAGUAAGCUCGAGAAAUCGUGCGAUGUUCGGCGGGGGAGAAGAGGGCUCACGAAAUCAUGAGCCCUAAUUGACAACUACAAUUUUUUUUUUGUU